GGAAGAGGGCCUUUCCUGAGUUGGCGCCUGUGCGCGAGGAUUUUUUUUUUCUUUCUUUUUUUUUCCCGCGUCGAGCGGAAGGGUCGCCAGUAUGGAGGCGUCUCCUCGGUCCCCUUCUCCCCAUGUCAUCUGCGAGGGAGACUGGGCUGUUCUCAAGCGGGACGACGUGUUCAAAGCGGUCGCCGUGGUGAAGCGAAGAAAAAUUGUUUUUGAAAAACAGUGGUUCUGCUUAGAUAAUGCCAUUGGGCAUGUUUAUGGAACAUCAUUUGAAGUGACUAGUGGUGGUAGUCUUCAGCCAAAGCGGACGUUAGAAGAGAUGAAUCCAGAAACAAAAGAAGCAGGUACAGAUAAUCGUAAUAUAAUAGACGAUGGAAAAUCUCAAAAACUGACUCAUGAUGAUAUAAAGGCUUUGAAGGAUAAAGGGAUUAAAGGAGAGGAAAUAGUUCAACAAUUAAUAGAGAACAGUACCACGUUUAGAGACAAAACAGAAUUUGCUCAAGAUAAAUACAUCAAAAAAAAGAAAAGGAAAUAUGAGGCAGUUAUUACAAUCAUAAAGCCAUCUACUCGUAUAUUAUCAACAAUGUACUAUGCAAGAGAACCAGGAAAGAUCAACUAUUUGCGGUAUGAUACUCUAGCCCAGAUGUUAACUUGGGGAAAUGUUCAUGCUGGCAACAAGAUGAUAGUAAUGGAAACCUGUGCAGGACUGGUGCUGGGAGCUGUAAUGGAACGUAUGGGAGGUUAUGGAUCGAUUGUUCAGAUAUAUCCAGGAGAAGGACCUGUUAGAGCAGCCACAAGUUGUUUUGGAUUUCCUAAAACUUUUUUUGACACACUCUCUGAGUUCCCACUCAGCAAAUUGGCCAGCAUUCUGUCUGGAACAUUUUCUUUAACGUCACUGCCUUCAGAGUCUGAAGAGAAAACACCAGUGGCAAAAGACAAAAAUGGUUCAGGGGAUGACAAGGAGCUUUCUAUACCAGAAGUAGACAUGGAAUGCAGUCCUAAGGUAGCUAUGGAGAGCGGUCAACCUGAAGAUCAAGAAAUAGCGGGAUUUGCUUCGGAUGCACUUGAUGAUAAAGCCAAGGGGACAACAUAUGACAAACAAAAGAAACAAGAGGAAAAGAAGAGAAAGCUGAUAGCAGCUGCUGCUUUAUUGAAAAACAAGGAUGCUGAUGGUUUAAUUGUAUCCAGUCGAUUUCAUCCAACAAGUUUACUACUCCUGUUGUUAGAGUUGGUAGCUCCUUCAAGGCCUUUUGUUGUCUACUGCCAAUUUAAAGAGCCACUCCUGGAAUGUUAUGCAAAACUGAGAGAGAAAGGUGGUGUCAUUAAUCUAAGACUUUCUGAAACAUGGUUACGAAACUAUCAGAUCUUGCCAGAUCGAAGUCAUCCCAAAUUGAUAAUGAGUGGUGGCGGUGGGUACUUGCUGACAGGUAUCACUGUUAAAAAUGAAAGCAUAAAUACCAGUGACUGCUUGGAUGAGCCAUCUUCUAAAAAGCGUAAGCUUCAAGAACACCAUUGAUGCUUCAAGAAAUUAUCCUUGUCCUCUCUUGCUAACUGUAUUUAAAGGCCCAGUGGAAUGCACUUUUUUUCCAUUUGCAACUGAAGGUUCUUUUUUAAAUCAAUCAUGUUCAACCAAAUAUUUGUAUUGCCAAUGUCAUUCCAGACUCAGGUAGUCCCAUAACUUAGAGUAUUACUUUAGAAAGAUAUGAUUAAGAAUCAGUCUUCCUGGAAAUGUUGCAAAAAUUGACUGAAAGUCCAGCUUGGUUCUGUUUCAGAAUUUUGUUUUGAAUUAAAAAAAACAUGUUCACACUAAUCCCAUUUCCAUUUCUGUUAAAAUCAGUUUUUUUAACCAAGUGAAAUGAAUGUUGCAAAGUGCUCUACUAUUAUCAGUGAGAAAGGCUAUUGCACAUUUUAACCAUUCUGGAUUUCAAAAAAAGCAAACAUUACACAUUAGUUUGGAAAUAU